CCCAGUACCCUGGAACUCUCAGGCUCAGAAACCCUUAAUUACUGUGCGAGACCUGACGGAUCAACCUGUUUAACUGUUUUCUGUGGACCAGCAGUUUCAAAUUUUGUUUUUAGAAUUUUUUUGUUCUGAGACUGAGUUGGUAAAAAAGAUCAUCACCCAAACAACAUAGUUCUCUUUCCUGUUAAGAAUGUCUGGAGAACUCUCGUCUUUGCCCAAGGCAGCAAAGCUCAUUUACGAGCAUUGCUUGGCCGCCCUUCCUAACUGUGUAACGCAGGAUGAUCUCAGCAAGGCCCUUGGUCGCAAAGUUAAUGUUACUGACAUGAGUAACUCUCUCAACCUGUUGCUUGGAAAGCGGUUGCUAGAUCCGUUGCAUCAGGGAAAGUCUUUGGUUUAUCGGGCUGUACAAUUAGAUGAAGCAAAAUGGGUAUCCACUAUGGAGGGCGACGAGCAAAUCGUCUACAACUUUAUUAAGGGUUCAGGCAAUGAAGGUAUCUGGACGAAGACACUAAAAAUGAAAACCAAUCUCCAUAUGACAGUCGUCAACCGCUGUCUCAAAAGUCUGGAGUCCAAGAACUUGGUCAAAUCUAUAAAAAGUGUAAAGCAUCCUACUCGCAAAAUUUACAUGCUUUAUGACCUUGCUCCCAGUAGCGAAAUUACUGGCGGCCCUUGGUUUACUGACCAAGAACUCGAUAUUGAGUUCAUCAACAAUCUCAAGAAAGUAGUGUACAAGUACAUUCACUCAAAAAGUUACCCGUCAAAGAAAAAUCACAAAGGCUCUGACCUUCUGUGGUCAGUUGACUAUAACGGUUACCCUUCUGCCAUCCAAAUUCAUGACUGGCUGCGAUCAACGAAUAUCACAGAAGUUGAUCUUUCACUAGCGAACGUCAUGUCUCUUGUCGAUGUUUUAGUUUACGACGGAAAAGUUGAAAAACGACCUGACGGUACGACCUUUCGUGCCGUUCGCCAAGUUGAAGGCACGAUUGACGGCUACACAGAGUCUCCUUGCGGAAAGUGCCCGCUCAAUGAUGUCUGUGCCGUCGAUGGUCCCGUUAGCCCGAUGACUUGUGAAUAUUUCGACAAGUGGCUCAUGUAAAAUCUAGGAGGAUACAAGGAUCCGCGGUUAGUUUUCAUAUUUAAUAUUGCGAUCAAAAGUGGUUUAGGGUACUACAAAAAAAGAAAAACAAUUUCCAUCGUUUAAGUAGGGUAAUAAGAAAAGCUUUUAAGUAAACGGAUAUCUAUAAUCAUUCGCGGUUCGCGUUU